CGUCAUGACUUGUCUAUAAAAUGGUAGAAGUAAGUCACAUAAAUAAAAAUCUCACAACACGAGUGAGCUUCGAUCAAAUGAUGCUUGUGAUAUUAGCAAGCCUCUUGGUAGUGUAUAUCUUAUACCAAUUUUAUAGAUCCAUUGAUCAAAAGAGAGGCCAAGAAUGUUACAUCUUAAACUACGAGUGCUUCAAGCCACCCGAUGACCGAAAAGUCUCCACCGAAUUUUCUGGUGAAAGGAUGAAGCAGUGCGAGAACUUGGGCCUUGAAGAAUACCGAUUCCUUUUACGUGCCAUAGUUAGUUCCGGCAUUGGUGAAGAGACGUACGGUCCAAAAAACUUCUUCUCGGAACGUGGAACAAACUCUACACUAAGGGACACUCAAUUUGAAAUGGACGAGUUUUUUACAGAAACCCUUGAUAGACUGUUCAGUCGAUCAAGGAUUUCUCCACAAGACAUUGACAUACUAGUUGUCAAUGUCUCUGUGCUGACAUUAGUGCCAUCACUAACGUCACGAAUCAUCAACCAUUACAAAAUGAGAGAAGAUAUCAAAUCUUUUAACAUUUCUGGAAUGGGAUGUAGCGCGAGUUUGAUCUCUAUCAAUCUAGUUCAAAACAUGUUCAAAUCUCAUAGAAAUAAAUUCGCUCUCGUGUUAACCUCGGAGGCAAUUGCUCCAAACUGGUAUAACGGGAGUGAUAAGUCUAUGAUUCUCACUAACUGUUUGUUUCGGUGUGGUGGUAGUUCAGUGCUCCUAACUAACAAACCGGCUCUACGAAAGCAAGCCAUGUUUAAGCUAAAGUGUUUAGUUCGAACCCAUUUGGGAUCAAACGAUGAAGCUCACACAUGUUGCAGACAACAAGAAGAUGACCAAGGCCAUAUAGGAUUUUUCCUAGGGAAAAACCUACCGAAAACAGCAACACGAGCACUAACCGAAAAUUUAAAAACCAUAGCCCCCAAGAUAAUACCAAUAGCUGCAAUCUGUCGUUUCGUUUUGCUAACACACAUCCAAAAAUUUGUGGCAAAGAAUUUGGAUAUCAAAGUUAAAAAGAAGGUGAGUUUGGACUUCAAGUUGGGGGUGGACCAUUUUUGCUUGCACCCUGGUGGUAAAGCGGUGAUCGAAGGGGUUAAACAAAGCUUAAACUUAACCGAUGACGAUAUGGAGCCAUCAAGAAUGACGCUACACCGAUUUGGCAACACAUCGGCUAGUAGCUUGUGGUAUGUUUUAGGAUAUAUGGAGGCAAAGAAGAGGUUGAAGAAGGGCGAUCGCGUCUUAAUGAUUGGAUUUGGAUCCGGAUUCAAGUGUAAUAGCUGUGUUUGGGAGGUCUUAAGGGACUUGGAUAAUAAGAACGUGUGGGAGGACUGUGUUGAUAAUUUCCCUCCAAAGUCUUUACUUAAUCCAUAUUUAUCGAAAUAUGGAUGGAUUAAUGAAGAAAAUGCGGCAGCUGAACUUGAAGCUAUACUAGAAGCAUCAUCUCGAUCAGCUGCAGCUUAAAUGGCUGCUAGCUUAAUUUCUUUUUUGGAAUAUGAUCAUCAAUCGAUCAUGCAUUCAUUUGGUGGAAAAAUAAAAGAUAUAUAUUCUUGUUUAAUUACUACUCGUAUAUGAUAUAGGAUAUAUACCGAUCGAUACACACUUUCAUACUUUCAUUUUAUCUUUCUCUGUAUUUUAAUUAAUUACCUCCCAAGUCUAGUAGUAGUCUUUUGAUAUUGUAAACAUUUUCGUAUUAACAAAAUUGUAUAAUUUAAAGUUUUCGUGAAAUAAUGAAACUUCUUUUGA